UUGUAUCUCUCAAACGGGGAACUCAAACAUCAUUGGAACUUUUAUUUUUGUGAAAACUGAACCAAAUUGAAUUUCCUAAAUGACAGCUGCUUAAAAUGAACAGUGUUUAUGAUCUGGGAAUAUGCCUGUUAACAAAUCACCUGUGAUGAAUAAAUCUGGAGUAAUAUCUUCCUCUUACCAUGAAAAAUCGAAGUCACCAUUUUCAAUCACAGAAGAAUUCAUCUUGAGAUUCAACCAAACAAAAAAUCCAAAAAAGGAGGAAGAAUUGUUGGACAUAGCUAGAAAACACAUUGUCAGAUGUAAGAGGAAAUUGGGUCUCAAAACCUUAGGCACUGGGAGGCAUGUGCAUCUUCCUACCGCAUGGACUGAAGUAGUAUAUCUGGCUCAGUGCAAAGGAGAAAUCCAAGAUGAAGCUUUAAAUAUGCUUUAUGCUUCCCUGGACCAUGCUUCCUUUGAUUACGAUCAUCUGCCUGCCUUAUUUUUUGUUGCGGAAUCAGUUUUAUAUAGACUCUGUUGUGAUGCAUUCCGAAGGACAUACUUAUACUCAGUUGAAAUAAAGCUAGCAAAGAUUGGCUAUUUGGUCUUCUUACGAAUUUUUAUAUAUUUCCUUUAUGGUCACCUGGGAAGUUUUAAACAACAUUUACUUAGGUUUCAACCAUAUUUAUACGCACUUUGUUUCUCUGGAGAAUUAUAUUCCAAGUAUCCAAACAUCUUUUCAAAUGUGCAAUGCAUUCUGAAUAUCAUGAAAAUUAUAUGUAGAAGAGAACUCCCUUCUGAAUUAAUUUUUAGCCCUGUGGAAAAUAAGGACAAAUCUAAGAACAUAGAUUCUGAGAUGGAACAUUUGCAACUUAAUCAGAAACAGUAUGAAAUUAACCACCUGCUCUGGCACUGUGUUGCUGCCUGGUCUUGUGUUCAGAAGAAUAGUCCUCAGUUGAAUAAGGUGCUUGAACAUCUCAUCUUUCAUAAAACACAGCUUCAAAAAAAAUGCUGGUUGGAUUCAGCACUGGCUUUGUUGGUCCUUGGGGAGGCUGCCAAAUUAAACAUGGCCUGCUUGAAAGCUUUAAUGGACCUAAUGAGAGAUUUUCUUUCAAGCAUUAUGUCUGUUCUGAAUCAGGAAGAAAGCUGCAAGGUCGACAGUUUUUCCUGGGCCUGGAAUGUUGUCUACAUAUACACAACAAUUCUUGCAGAAAUCUGCUUGUAUGCGGCCACUUCUGAUUUGCAAAAAACUGCUUUCAUUGGCUUCUGUGACUGUGAAAGUUCACAAGAUAUUUUACUCACAGAAAAAUCAGAAGAACUGAAGGAAACAAGUAUUUUAGGUCUUUUGGAAUAUUUCUCUUCAAAAACAUCGGAUAAUUGUGAUCAAGUGAAAUGGACUGGAUACUAUGGCUUAGUGUAUAAUCUGGUGAAAAUGUCAUGGGAACUCCGGGGAGAUAAGGAGCAAGAUGGACUUGGAAACAAAAUAUGGCAAAUAUUACAGAAAAUAAGGGAUCAUGAGAAAGAUGGGAGAAUCCAUAAUGCAGUUAAUAUUGCUCAGGCUGAGAUAAAUGACCCAACUGAUCCUUUCACAAGUUAUAGGACAAAAGAUUUAUCAAGUGUAGGGGAUGAAAAUUUCUCCAAAUACAUAGGAUGGAGAAUUGCCAACGUGCUCUCCAAACUCUGCUUCCCCUCCCCUGAUGCCUGUGUCCUUCCUCUGGAAAAACCAUUGAGAAAACGGGACCCGAUGAAAUAUCUGAAUAAAAAGCAGGAUUCCAUGAAGAAGCGGGUUCUACGUUUUACUAUAAGGGAACAUUCUUCUGUGCCAGAACUCCCUUUGUUCCGAUAUCCGGAUUUUUUCACCAGGGCGGAUAAAGAGUUGGCAAGAAUCAUUGAUCAUCACUGGCAGGAAGAGCUAAAGAUCCGACAGAAUGAAGACGCAGUAUGUGAGGCGGAAGAACGUCAACGUAAAGAGUUACAGGAGAAAGCCCACUUGAGAGAAAUCAUGGAGAGAAGAGAGGAGAAGCUGCAUAAGCAAACCAAACCCUAUGAGCUUCCUCCUAGGACUGAAGUAGUUUCAUCAGAAAAGAAAACGACUCCUCAAAACUGAAUCCAUAUGCCAGAAAUUCACUGCACGGAAGAGACCAAGAUAGCUUCAGGUUAGGAGAAAAUUCUUAAUUAACUGGAAGCCAUUUCUUACAGAGGAGUUUAUCCUGGUGCAGUUUCUUUAACAGUCAGAUCUCAGUCCUAAAUUAACAGCACUUAACAUUUGCGUGAAGUAUUUUACUAGUUAAACAUUUUCCAAUAACAUGGCUAGAGCUUUUCCUAAUUGACUCUUAACUUGUGAUCAUACACAUACUUAAUGAUUCUCAGAGCAUUGACAGUCACUGGACAGUUAGAUGGAAAUUAAUUGCAAAUUAUUAAUGAGUCACAAAUAAGAAUCAUUUCUUGAAAGUGGAAUGAGCAUCAACGGAUACUCCUAUGAUAGCUAUUAUACAAAUAAAGGAAGUAAGGCACUUGCUUGGAUUUGUAUUUCGUAGCCAGUCUGUGCCAAAUCAAACCACGUGUCAGAAGGUUGAAUUCGAUUAAUUCUGUAUAUAAAUGAAUCUGAACAAGCCAGUCAUCUCAGAAUGAGUUAAUCUUUAACAGAUACCAAAGAAGCCUUCUGGGUGACAGUGAUUUCACUUUGCCAGUUGAGUGUAUGAGAAUGGAUUUGCCUGGUCCUGGCAGGUAUAACCAGCACUUACUGGAGGGGUUCAUCCAGGCAGGAGUCACUUUUAAAAAGGCACUUCUUCUGACACUCUCAACCCAUGGGUUACAGUAUCGGGGUGGGGUUCUUACGAUGCCUUACACUCUUUCUGAAAAAGAUAACCACACCUCAAUUUUGCACAGGUGACUUGGUGACACUCAGGAGACAGGUACUCAAUCAGGGUGUCAAACUCAAAUGACUACCAGGUCUGGAAGGUAACAUAAAUUAGUGACGGGGCUAUACAGUAUUACUCCACCUAAGAAACUGGCAUCACUCAGCUCCUCUCUGCAAUGUAUGUCCAGUAUUGUAGGGUCAUCAGUCUUUCAAAAAGACCUCAAUCUUUUUUUUUUUAAGUUGCUAAAUUUCAAAAUGUUGGCAACUGAUUUUUUUUAAAAUCACAUAGUUUUGGGUUAAAUUUGACACCUGGGCCACAUGUUUUUGACCUAGAUUAUGUGAAUUUACAGUACCAUUCUUUAAGAUUACAAUAACGUAUGGUAGAAAAAUGGGAGGAGAGAAGGGUGUUUCUCUUUUGAUUCCCCAUAGAGCUGAUUCAUCUUUAUGCCAGCCCUCCCAAACCUUUUGACUCAUCCUUGUCUCCUCGUACAAAGAAUAUGUAAGUUCCCAGAAAUAGUAUUUCCCAGUGUAGCUUGCCAAAUACCUUCAUCUAUCUUUGCUUCCCUCACUUGUGAAGAGAAAUCUCUCCCCUAGAAUGCCAGCUAAUCCCUUUUCUCUGAAUCUGAUUCCAUCCAAAAUCUUCCUCCAUCAACUAUUUACUGUCCCUCCUGAAGUCCCUCACUUCUACCCACUGCAGUCUCAAUUUUCCACCAUCCUUCCAUCCGUGCUAUUCUCAGCCUUACCAAACCCUGACUGCCUUUUAAGAGUCAUCAUCUUUCUUCUGGGUUGUAGAGAGAUGGAACCACUGGGCUGUAAGUGGUGGGGAAGGAACUCUGGAGAUCUAAUUGCUACUUGUAAGAAUUUUAACAAAUCCUACUGUUUCAGAACCACCCUUUAGAAACUCACAUUCUUCCAAUUUCAGAACUAUUCUGGUAUCAUGAGGCAAGGACUGGUCUGUCUUAAGGCUUCCCCACUGCAGACUUAGCUUUUAAAAUUUCUUUCCUGUUCUGCUUUUUUUUCCUGUUCCCACUUGUUCACCUAAUUUCUAACUUCCACAAUUUUCUUAGUAUUUCCAGUGUGCUAUUAUCUGUUCUCCUUAUGGAUUAAUACCUUUUUUAAAAAAUAAUACUUUAUGUGUCAUAGUAGUGGAGAUUUGGAAAGGAGCCAAAAAAGAAUAUACAUAUACCCUUGCAUAAAUAUAUGAAGAAUAUGUAAAUUUAAGAAUAUGCAUAUGAAUAAAGGUAUAAGGAUUCUGACUAAUCAAGUAGAUAGAUAGAUUUAUUUUCAAACUGUUCUCUAAAUUUUUUUAUUCUUAAGUUAUCCUUUAAAAUUCUUAAAAUUUGUCAGCACACUUCUAUCAUGGUUUUCCUCCUAUGUCCUGGAGCAUCAGCAAAGACUGGGGCUUGUAGCUCUGGGCUCAUAUUCUGGCUGUGCCUCCUGGCAACUGUGAAACAGCUAGCAUGUUACUGAAUCUAUCUGAGCUUCAGUUACUCGUUUAUAAAAAAUAAAUAUGUAAUUUACAGUGUACGUAGAGCGGUAUCGGAAACUAAUCACAAAAACAGAAAUACGUCAUUUUAACAGAGAAUUUAGUAUAAGGACUUGUUUUUACAGGUGUUAGAGAACUAAGAAAAUGAAAAGGGAGCAUAGAAAUAAUAAAGAAACAGGAACCUGCUACCACCUCUAGGGCCAGAGGAUCAGAGAGAGGGGGUUGGAUUGUCAGAACCUGGAAGCGAGGAGGAGGCACCCCGCAGUGGGACUCACACCUCUGAGGGGCGGCACUGCCCAGCUCCUGCUGAUACCUCUGAUGCAGCACAAUAAAGUGGAAGCACAGGGCAAAAAGGACACUGGAACAAAUUGCUGCUGAAACCAGGCUACCAGGAGGAGCAAGACAACAGGAAGAGUCAAGCUCUUCCUUGACCAUCCUGGAAGUCUCCCUGGAGUGCGCCUGUCCCCAGCUCACAGGGCAGAGAGCCGAGGGGUGAGUUUGGAGCUGAAGCCCACUCGUUAAAUAACUGGAAAGGUGUGCAGCUCAAUGCCUAAGACAUAUUAGAUCUAGCAAUAAAAGUUAUUCCUCACUUCUUAUCUGCAUUUUAGGCCCUCCUUUCUGCUUUUUCUGCAUGCAUUCCCUUUUACAUUUAAUGUCAGUGGCUUAGAAAGACACUUUUACUACAGUUUAUCUUUAUAAUUAACCCUUAAUUCUUUCAGUAAGUACUCAAUUUAACACAAACUCAACUGGUACUCUUUGUAAUUUACUCUCAAUAUUAAUUUCACCCCAACAUUCACAAAGGGUUCUAUGAGUCUCAGGUUGGGUUGGGCACCAGGUGGAUUCUUUUCAUCUCCUCUCAUGUUGUUCAGCCUUAGUCAUUUAUUUUCUUAGUCGUCCUACUUUAAGUGAAAGAGAAGAAGGAAAGUGAGAGAGGUACUCC